AUGGAGAAUGAUAGCACAGUAAGGAGGAUAAAAGCUGGGGACACGCAACAAAAUGUGUCGCGAAGAAGUAAGGGUUUUCAGGACCAAAGUGGGAGUAACGGGUGCGAUGACGCGAAAAGAAAACCCGAUUUCGGCUUGUACCUGCUGAGCGAGGGAAUUCUGGUUGUCUUAAUUGCUACAUUCAUUGCUUUGGUAUGGGGACUGGUUCAUUUAUCCGUGCAGCAGCUCGUCAUAGGAAAAUCUACCGGUGGGUUCAGUGCAACCAGGGCAAGGGAGCACCUGGACCACAUCACCAGUUUGGGUCCGAGGACCGUGGGCAGCCUGGAGAAUGAGGUGCACACGGUGAACUACCUUCUAGGUCAGAUGGAGCGCAUCCGGGCAGAGAGCGCGUUGGGCCACCACUCUAUCACGGUGGACGUCCAGCGUCCCACUGGCUCCUUCAGCAUCGAUUUCCUGGGCGGCUUCACCAGCUACUAUGACAAGAUCACCAACAUCGCCGUCAAACUGGAACCUAAAAGUGGGGCCAAACAUUUCAUGCUGGCCAAUUGUCACUUUGACACUGUGGCCAACAGCCCAGGUGCGAGCGACGACGCGGUCAGCUGUGCGGUCAUGCUGGAGGUGCUUCGCUGCCUGGCCAACCUGUCCACCCCCCUCCAGCAUGGGGUGGUGUUCCUGUUUAAUGGAGCGGAGGAGAACGUGCUUCAGGCCAGUCAUGGCUUCAUCACACAGCACCCCUGGGCAUCGCUGGUCAGAGCCUUCAUCAACCUGGAGGCGGCGGGGGUCGGCGGGAAGGAGGUGGUCUUCCAGACAGGUCCCGAAAACCCCUGGCUGGUGCAGGCUUACGUCCGCGCGGCCAAGCACCCCUUCGCCUCCGUGGUCGGCCAGGAGGUCUUCCAAAGUGGCAUCAUCCCGUCGGACACAGAUUUUCGGAUUUACCGAGACUUUGGGAAUAUUCCAGGUAUCGACCUGGCCUUCAUCGAGAACGGUUACAUUUACCAUACUAAGUACGAUACCCCAGACAGGAUUCUGACAGACUCCAUACAGCGCGCUGGUGAUAACAUCCUCGCUGUACUAAAACAUCUGGCCAUGUCUGAGAAGCUGGCAGACUCGUCAGAGUAUCGCCAUGGCAACAUGGUGUUUUUUGACCUCCUGGGUGUGUUCAUGGUGGCCUACCCGGCCCGCGUCGGCACCAUAAUCAACUACAUGACGGCAGUGGUGGCCUUCUUCUAUUUGGGAAAGCGCUGUUCGCUGCCCAGCAAUGGCGGUGGCCGAUAUGUCCGUGAACUGGCAUACGCCACUGGAGUGACCAUCAUUAGCUGGUUUGUCACCAUGCUGUCCGUGCUCAUUGUGGCACUGCUGGUGACCCUGUUGGGCCAGUCCAUGUUCUGGUACAACCAUUUCUACAUGUCGAUUAUUCUCUACGGCUCCGCCGCCAUCGGAAAGCUCAUUCUCGUCCACACUCUGGCUAAGAACUUAUAUUAUGGGAACGUUCGGCGCCUGGAGCUCGGAGAGCUCUUUUUUGACGUUAACCUGCUGCUGUGGUGCUGUGCCCUGGUGUCCCUCAGCCAGCAGGGCCUCUGCUCGGCCUACGUGCCGCUGCUCAUGGUGGCCUUCCCGCUGGCCGUCAAAAUGAUGCUGACUGCAGAGUUCAGGCGGAGAGGAGCGUCACUGAAGUACUCCGUGCUGUACCUGCUGGGCCUGGCACUGCCAUACUUGCACAGCGCCUUCCUCAUCUGGGUAGUGUUUGAGAUCUUCACCCCGAUUCUGGGACGUAGUGGCACAGAAAUACCCCCCGAUGUAAUUCUGGCUGCCCUUAUCACUCUCGGCUCCAUUUUCCUGUUCUCGUAUUUGCUUCAUUUCAUCUACUUGGCCAAGAGCACCAAGUGGAUUUUGUCCUCCCUAGGAACCAUCUUUAUUGUCAUGCUCAUACUGGUUUCUUGCGGCGUGUUCUUCCCAUACACGGCGAAUCCGGCUAGUCCACGACCCAAAAGGGUCUUUGUCCAGCACACCACCCGCACUUUUCAUGGACUCAACGGAGAGGUGGAGGGGAAGGACUCUGGCCUUUGGAUUAACAGCUUUGACUACACUGGCAUGCGCUACAUCACGCCACAUAUACCAGAGAUCAACGACACGGUGCGCAUAAAAUGCCAGGAGCAGCUGCCCUUUUGCGGAUACCCGUGGUUCCUGCCUGUAAAAUUCUUAGUCAAGAAAAAUUGGUAUGUCCCAGCUCCCGACGUGACACCAAAAUCACCUGUAGAGUUCAAAUUGGUCUCCAAGCAAGAGACAGAAUGGGGAACAACAAAAUUGUCUUUUGAAGUUAAAGGACCCAGCCACAUGUCCCUCUACCUCAAGCCUCAUGCCAACACGCUCUUGUCCAGCUGGUCUUUCGGCAAUGGCACCCCACAGUUUGACCUUAAUGGAGAGUAUUUCAUCUUCUACUCCCACGGUCUUGAUGCCCCAGCUUGGAACUUCUGGCUUGAAAUACAGAGUACCUCCCCUGAACACCCCUCUGAGUCAGAAGAAAUGAUCUUGCUGGCAAUUGCAUCGCACUACAUUUUUGGGGAAGACCACAAGACACCGGGGCUGAGUGAUCUGCUUAGGAGGUUCCCUGCCUGGGUCUUCGCCUCGUCUUGGGUCAGCACGUACGACAUGUACAGAUUCUGAACUCCUGUGACAUGCACCACUCCCCUCCCUAUACAUACAUCUUCCACUGCUGCUCAGUUAAAGGGAGCCCCCUCCUCCCUCAGUCUAUCUAUUCAUUUGUAAUAAUGUUGAGUCUUCAACACCAAGGCAAAGUAAUCUUAUUUAUAAGACUAACAGAUAGCAAUCACCUGUUUGGUUUAUCAUUUAGCCCCCGAGUCCUCUUGAUGGUCAGAUAUAGCAUAGCAUGGUUUCUCUUGCAUGUCUACCUCUCUUCAUCUGUGUCCGCAUGCAGUAGAAGAUGUAGCUGCUGUUCAUUUUUAAAUGGCAAUGGCUCACCUCUUCAGUGGCGGGGUCUCGUUUUUCAAGCCUACAGCAAUUCUUAAAGAAAUUAAGGUCUUAAUUUAUCGCUUUUUUUUUUUUUUUUAAUUUGAUGUGAGGAUGCAGUUUUUGAGCAUCACCCAGGACCGAUAUUGAUUGUUUUUAUUGAAAUUCUUAAAGAUGAUAAGAAUCUGUUAUAAGCUUAAGGAUUUUUAUUCUGGCAAUGGCAAAGUUGGUCGUAGAGCAGCGAUUUAUACUUUUUAUACAGUUAAAGCUUCUUCACCACUAGAAGUGAAGAACGUUCUUGCCAACAUCAAUUGAUUGUGAACUGACUGAGGCCUCAUUAACGCAAAGCAUUAUAAGGGAAAUGCGCUGGAUGCCACGUCAUAUGUGUAUGGCAGUACUUCAUGUGAAAUGGGAAGUCUGUUUCAGCAAAGCGGUGGCCUCCCGACUGACUCUGAGGCUGGGGGUGCUAAAGCUAGAUUUCCUAGACAGCAUCUAGGGAGUCAAACAGUUCAGAUUCGGUCUGACCUCCGGGAAAAGCUGAGAGCUGGAAAUGCUCGGGGCCACUGUUUCCGUCUCGUGUGCCCUUCUCCAAAGGCCUCCUCAGCACCACGAACCGAGGACUACCUGAAAGCCAAACCAAGCAGCAAUAGUUCACAAAGAAGGUAUUGAUAUUUUUUGUUUAUAAAGCACUCCCUUCCUGCUUAACUUGACUUAGAUGGUGAACUUGAGGGUGGAAAGGUUGAAAAAUUUGUGUUUUGCUCUUUGUGUUCCUCAGGAACCAGUUUUUCAGUAUGUCACCUUUUUAGGUUGAUUUUUAGGUUCUGUGUAUAUAUUUUGUCAGAUGCCCAGGUCCCUCUGAUGCCCAGGUGCCUGUGUUUUUGGUUCUUCACUGUUCUAACUGGUAUAGGUAAAUGGUUUGUCACAAUUCAUAGGCACCUAAAACAAUAUUAGUCCUAACACAGUUGCUGUCCUGUAUUUAAUUAAAAUUACAGUAUUUAUCCUAACUAUGCAAAUGAUCAGUCAGAUUUUGGAGUUUGAGGUAACCAGCCAGUGCAAGAUGGGCAAUGUACAGAUACACUGUAUGGCUAAAAGUAUGUGGACGCCCCUUUUAAUUAAUUAGAGGAAUUGCCUAAUGAAGCCACAUUCUACUUGGAAACAUUAUAGGAUGAUAUCUGUCCAACAAGUCAGUUUCUGUCCUGGUCAAUUACAAAUGAAGUGAUUGUGAAGAUCAUAAUAUCUGGGAGCAAUUUAAUUUCAAAGUGUUUGGCUACUCAAGCUCACAGAAAGGAACCAGGUAUCCCAACAUCAAUACGCAACUUAAAUGGCAGCAAAUCCCACUAGCAACGUUCUGUGUUACUGAAAGCUGUCCCAGAAGAGCAGAGACUAUAACAGCAAGAUAGCAUGGGACCAACUUCAUAUUAAAAUCCUUGGUUUUGGAAUGAUGUUGGUGACAAACCAAUGUCCACAUACUUUGGGCAUAUAGUGUAGGAGCCUAAUUACAUUCAUUGGGGACUGAUAUGUACUUGGUUACUUAAAACAAAAAUAAACCUCAUGAAGAUUAAAAAACAAAAUAUGACCAUUUGUUCCCACAUUGUAUGCAUUGCCCUUGGCUAAUACGUGCCAUACCUUAAAAGGUCAAACUAUACUUGAUGGCAAUGUUAUUAAAAAAAACACAGGUAUUAUACUCCAGCUUAUUUCAUUAAAUGUUAGAAAUAUGAUUUUAUAUGUUGUAAAAUAGAAGUUCAAGCCUCCAGCACAUCAUCUGUUACUGCACUUACAAUGCAAUAUCCCAACUACAUUAUGCAUAUUUAAUAAAAUUAAGAAAUUUAUGCAAUAAACCUCAAUCAAUAGAGGAAGAAGUAAUGGAUAACUCAUUGGUGUUUUUCAUAAAACUCAGCAACAUUAAUUGGCUUGCAAUUUUAAAUGUAUUUUAUCUUUUUAAUGAGUAAUAAUGUCUGGCAACAAAGGAACUAGUCAUCAGAAUGUUUGAUAUAAUGGCACUAAUCACUUUAUCAAACCCAUUAUUUCAGUUUAUUUAAUAAUUAAGUUGAAUUGUAUUUUAAUUAAAAAUGAUUUUAUUGAAAAAUUACAUUUGAUUUGUUGAACUCCAUACUCAGAGGUCAAUACACACUGGUUCACUGAUUGUAGCGGAUUCUGAGUGUGGAUGACUAUGCUGGAUUAAGUUAACACUGUGAAAUUACUUAUUCUCUCACUUGGAAAUAUUUUUUCCCCCAAGGUGAAAGUUUUAAUGUCACAUGUCUUUAUUUGUCAACAAUGUUAAACUUUCCUUGAGAGCCCGGUUUAACACGUGAUAAAAGCUAAAGCUUCAGUUUCACAGGUGUGCUGCAGGGUUGUGAUGCCUCUCUAAGAAACGCCACCGCAUGUACAGAUGGUAAACUGGUACCAAAGGAUAGUAACUCAAGUUAAGGAUUUAAACUUGCAUGCAUAAGUUUGAAAAUUAGUUUGUGUAAAAUCUCAUUAGUUUAAUGUACCUACUAUUGCAAUUUGAAAUGAAAGCAAUACUGGAAAUCAUUGGUCAUAAUCAGGGCAAAAUCGCCCCCCACUAAAUGUCAGUCAUGCACUUACACCUUUCUGCUCUCAAUGUAUCACAAUAUCCUGAUUAAAUAAAAUGUGGUUUGGAAUUAUAAAA